UAUCCACCUCCACCUCCUCCUUCGCAUUACAGUCGACCCCGUGCAUCGCGGUAUGCCGGCCGCAACGAGCCUCAUCGUCGCGCCUCCGCGAGACUCUGUCAAUUGGCCAUCAGGAUCUGUCAAUCACUGAGACAAAUCGCUCCUUAUAAAUUAGCCCGAUAUCACCCAAAAACAUCCCAGUGAUCGCCCAAUAAUCAAUCAGGAUAACAACGAGAAUUGGCCAAUUAAUCUUCGAUCUAAAGGUGCAAUGACCGAGUGCAGUGAAUGUGCAAUGCAUAGAGUGUGUUUCCACUUGAUUAAGCCCCAGUGAGUCAGUAAAUAAUCGACUAAAUCUAAAUAAUCGAUAAACAAAUUUGCCCUCCCCCAUUUCCAGCGCGUUCUACUGCGUGUUUGAGUUAACUUGUUGAGUGGUACGACGUUGGAGAGUUGCCUAUCACAAUGCGUUCAAACCCCGGUGUGAUUAUCACACUGAUAAUCCUAACUAUUGGUAGAGUGGAGAUGCGGGACAUGAGGGAAGUGCGGAAUGACCCGUUGAUCGUUGAAACAACUACUGGCCUUGUGCGUGGAUUAUCGCGAUCAGUGCUGGAUCACGAGGUUCACGUGUACCUAGGAAUACCCUUUGCUAAGCCACCAAUUGGUCCACUGAGAUUUCGUAAACCAUUGCCCGUUGAACCCUGGCAUGGUGUUCUCAAUGCAACCAGUCAGCCGAACAGUUGCUUUCAGGAGCGUUACGAGUACUUUCCGGGCUUUAAGGGUGAGGAAAUGUGGAAUCCCAAUACCAAUGUUUCGGAGGACUGUCUUUACCUGAAUAUAUGGGUGCCCCAGAAGUUCAGGCUCAGGCACAAAGAAGCACCAGGUGGAGCUGGAGUGGAGAAAAAAGGAAUGCCGUUGCUUGUUUGGAUAUACGGUGGUGGGUACAUGAGUGGUACAGCAACACUUGACGUUUAUGAUGCUAAUUUUAUGGCAGCGAGCAGCAAUGUUAUCAUAGCCUCUAUGCAGUACAGAGUUGGAGCAUUUGGAUUUCUUUAUUUGAAUCAGCAUUUUGGAAAGAGUGAGGAGGCGCCUGGAAAUAUGGGACUGUGGGAUCAGGCUCUGGCUUUGAAAUGGCUCAAGGACAAUGCCAAGGCGUUUGGUGGUGAUCCCGAUGCUAUCACAAUUUUUGGUGAAUCCGCUGGUGGUGGAUCUGUAUCAUUGCACUUGCUGUCACCCGUUACUCGGGGUUUGGUGAGACGGGGAAUUCUUCAGAGUGGAACUCUCAAUGCCCCUUGGAGUUUCAUGACUGCGGAGAAGGCUAAUGAGGUGGCACGGGUGCUCGUUGAUGAUUGUGGAUGUAAUUCUACAAUGCUUGGGGAAAAUCCCGCCAGGGUCAUGGCCUGCCUGAGGUCGGUUGAUGCUAAGAGCAUAUCGGUGCAGCAGUGGAACAGCUACUGGGGUAUUCUCGGUUUUCCAUCAGCUCCUACCAUUGAUGGGGUCUUCCUGCCCAAGCAUCCCAUUGACCUGUUGAAAGAGGCCGACUUCGAGGAUACGGAAAUACUUAUUGGGAAUAAUCAGAAUGAGGGCACUUAUUUUAUUCUUUACGACUUCAUAGACUACUUUGAGAAGGACGAGCCGAGUUUCCUCCAGCGUGAUAAAUUCCUCCACAUCAUAAACACGAUAUUCAAAAAUAUGUCCGAAGUGGAGAGGGAGGCAAUAGCAUUCCAGUACACCGAUUGGGAGCAGCCCAAGGACGGGUAUCGAUAUCAGAAAGCUGUUGCUGAUGCUGUCGGUGAUUACUUCUUCAUCUGUCCGUCCACUCAUUUCGCUCAACUCUUCGCUGACAGAGGGAUGAAGGUCUAUUAUUAUUUCUUCACUCAUAGAUCGAGUACAAACUUGUGGGGCAAAUGGAUGGGUGUCAUUCAUGGUGACGAGGUGGAAUAUGUGUUUGGACAUCCGCUCAACAUGUCCCUGACGUACGAGGAGAAGGAACGCGAACUCUCCAUGAAGAUGAUUUUAACCUACUCGAAUUUCGCAUUUUCAGGGAAGCCAACUGAGGGAGACGAUUGGCCAGUUUACACACGUGACGAGCCAAAGUAUUACAUAUUCAACGGUGAUGAGACUGGAAAGCUGGGGAUUGGACCUCGAUCAACGAAUUGUGCAUUCUGGAAUGAAUUCCUCCCCCGACUAGAAGGUGUGCCAGAUCGAACACCCGAGGCGUGCAAUGGAGCUGUCGCCUCCAGUGUCUCAGCUGGUGCUGAUGAGCUUCGUGCUGCUGCACUCCUGCUGCUCAGUCUGCUAACUGUUAGUGGUAUCAUCUAGGGAGCUCCACGAAGCCACACAUGAAUGCAUCGAAUGGUUGGACAACUUGGUGGAACAAUCCGACAGGACGAAGACAAACGCCUGGAAACCACUGUGGGACGCAAAACGACUAGUAAAAAUAUGGUACGACGAGACGUAGGUGCUGAUGGAAUUGGAGAAUACCUAGAAAAUUUAGAUUAGGCUGUAAUGACAAAUGAGGCCGGUGCGUACAGAGUUUAAGUAAAUUGAGAGGUGUCUGGUAUCAUUUUGAGAGGAUGGAUAAAAUGAUAUUGAACUGUGACACGAGAAAUAUUUUUCACGAUGCCUAAUUUUCUUAUGUGAACGGAUACGAAUGAAAAAUGUAUGUUCUGAGAAUAUCGAGAGGGCAGUGGAUGGCGACAGAUGUAUAUGGAGUUAUUGAAUGACUCGCGUCGUUAAACUUGAAUCUUCCAUUUGGUACAUAUCACCUAUACAUACAUUGAGAGAUAUUAAAAACACGAAAUACAUUAUUAAAUAUACAUAUAGCAUUAAAUUUUGAGUGAAGAUGCAUAAAUACGGUAAUUAGGAGAAUUUCGAGUGAAACAAGGAUAGAUUUAUGAAUAGAUUAUACAUUUGGCGUAGAUUAUGUCCGUAGGAUCAAUCAUCACCGGUUUGACGAUGAGAUAAUUGAAGAUAUAUAUUUAAAUUAUAUUGUGCCGAUGUUCAAAAGACGGCGUGGACAAACGAUUUUAGGGUAGACUAGUGCUAACGUGGAGAAAAUGAAAAUGUACAUUGGUAUGUGAAUUUUUCUUCACGGCAGCAGGUGAAAUUCACCAGAGAGUUUAAUUAUUUUAUACGUAAUGUAUUGUUUCACGCUGAUUCUUGCCUCGGCUUUCUGUCUCACUGAUGUCAACUGAGGAACUAACGAAAUUAUUACCGACACACUCUGUCAACUCGAGGCUGAACUGAAACACCAGACGCAUGCCGAGGCUGGACCUCGGUUGAUCAAUUAAGAGAUUAUCAUUAAAUUAAAAGAGGUGAGGCUGGUGAUGAGGAUAUAACAUGUUUUGAUGGUUCUAUUGGGUCAUUUCGAUUGAUUCGUUAGUCACGUAUGUUUAAAAAAUUAUGAUAAUUGAGUAGAUAGCGACCAGGCACAGAUAGGUAAUCUAAAAAUGAUAGAUUUAAGGGAAGAGACAUUUGUGUACGCUUGUUAGUUUUAGGAUUGAAGAUUAAUGAGACGAACGGGAGGGGGUAAGUCGUUGUCUUUUUGGUACCUAUGGCAUUUAGAGUUUAAGACACGGAAUGUCCGCCUUCAUUUUCCUCGCACACACAUAUCAUUAGUUUCGGUAAAUGCCAAGUAUCCAUCGAUGUCCUAUCAAUUAGGGGGGUUAUCAUAAUAUUGCUGCAAGGAAUAUGGCUUUGAGACGUUGUUGUUGUUGUUGUUAUUGUUGUUCACAGUGCCUGGACGUGUGGCAAAUAAAAGAGAAUGAGAAUGAGAAUGAGAGAUGUGGGAAAAGGUGAGCUUUCAGUGAGGACAACCCUCCCGGACAUUUUUCAGAUCGAUAUUUUUCUCAUUAUAAAUUCACAACAACUUUUUCGCCUCAGUUUGAUGUGAUUAUUGCGAUGCAGCUGGAAGUUUGCUCCAGUCAUCAAGCAACUUCUCCCCAACUGUAAUGUUUCCUAAGUUUUCCUCCAUUUUUUCAUUCAAUUUUUUUUUAUCAUUUACUUUUGAAAAUUGCAAUUAGGGAGAAUCUCUCAUCGUGUUAAGUGAACAACCAGCGUAACGAUAAUUGCUUAAUGAGAAUACUGUAGGUUCUUUUACCUCAUUAGUCAUCAUUGAAGAGUCAAACGAGCACUUGCGCUUGAUUAUAACGAGAAACUUAUUUUUGUAAUAAUCUAUAGGUGGGAGAGAUACGAGAACCUGUGUGGGUUAUUUUCUUCUGGGUUUAUCGUAAAUUAUUUUGAGAUUGAUAAGAAUAAGAGUUUAUCUUGACAUUUUCACAAUCCUGCUGAUGCGUCAAUGAAUGGACAAUCAAACCCCUGUGCGUAUAUUAGCCGCUGGUUUUUGGGGUGGAGAUUUUGAAAAAUGGGGGAAUCCAGGGGAUCAGUUUGCUCAAAGGCGCAAACUUUGGUUUCCCCCAACUUUACGUUAGAUUCUUGGCACGUAAGUGGAUUUGCUAGUUGAAGCCCAGGACUAAAACUACUGUAACAUGUUUGCGCACUUCGAGCCAACUUGGCCUGAAGGGUUCAGUCUAGUUAAAAGUCACCCCUAGAUAAACGUCAAUACACUCUCUAGAAAGAUUUCUAACGAUCCUGAGGAAAAACUACAUCCAUCAGUGUUGGGAAUUUCUGUGACAAUCUUGAGACGCAGGAGCUUUCAAAUUAUCUAGUCACCGUGUAACAGAACAUUGUCAGAAAAUGUCAUUUAGAUAACUGCAUGUGAAUUUUCAGUAAUGAAAACUUGAAUUCAUUCGAGAUCGAAACAUUCGCAGGGAAGGAAAGUUUCUUCAUGUUAGGAAAAAACUUUCUAGAUUUAUGAAAACUAUUUUCUUGCAUCUAGAAACUUCUUUUCUAAUAUUAAACUUUCUUCUAACAUGGCGAAACUUUUUCUCUCUGUGUUCACGAAAUUGCGUAUUCAUUUUAGGAAUCCAACGACACAACAGUUUUUAUGUCACACAUUUAUCAAUAGCUUGAGAUUGAAAAGUUGGCAUAAAAUUUAGAUAAUUUCGAGAGGUGACAUUACCAUUAAUUUUCGCCAUUAACUCUCAUGCGACUAAUCGAGAAAAUGUAAUGAAGCUCUGGUAGUUGAUGAGCUCGUAAACCCAGAGAAAUACUUUUCUGAAAUGUUAAUAGAAAUUCCUCAACGGUGAUGAAAAUAGGUAAACGAUGGAGAUUGACAAAUCGGCACAUGUCACCCACGACACGGGAUAGCACUGAAUAAUAAAUUUUUGUAUCAGUAGUUUGUUCGAUAUUCGUAGAGGCUUAGAGUGAAAAUCUCCGAGUCUCGGUGUUGCACUAGUCCCGCCAUCACCUACGAUCAUCCGAAUAUCAUUUAAUUUCUCAUGGGAACCUGUCGCUGAUAGAGCCCUCAAUAGUUGCUCCUUGCCGACUCCUGCAAUGUCAAAAUGCGAACGAGAAUAUCGAGGAAUACGUGGGGGAAUGAAUUUCGAAGUCAAUGUAACACAUAGUGAGAUUGAAACAUGGGAAAUUGAUGUACGCUGUAUAUAGAGAGAAAAGGAGUUCCUAAAACUAAAAAGGUGAAAAAAAAUGAUGAAAAAAAAAUCAUGUAUUUCCUGUCGAGCUUGCAAGUUAAUAAAUAAAAGUGGAAAAAAUAUGUGAAGAUGUGGUUGCAACUUCUAUAUGUCAACGUGUGCAUCGUUUGUGGCUUAUUGCUCUUUUGAUCAGUCUUUUAAAAUUAUUGGGCGAACAAAAAUCUUGGAUAGCCCGUUCGAUUGCACCGCAAUUAGUCCCAUGAGGAUCACAAUCAUUACAAAUCCACUGAUUUCGGACAAGGGUAGUCUGCUUUUUUCAGGACGAACCAAUAUUUUAUCGAAAGCCAGUUUGAUAAUCAGCUAUUGGUGAUAGUUGAUAAUUUGAUGUGCGGCGCGAAUCGAACGGUCGGGACCACUUCGCGUCACCCACACCAGGUACAAUACUUAGUCAAUUACGACGGCUUUAAAGGUCGUACCAAAACGAUCUUCGCGUGCAAUCUCACUUCUCCGGAAGUUUCGUACCUAUUUAUGUAAUUUUCAAUGUUGUUCUUUUAGGUUUUCCUUUGGGGGGUUUCGAUUCGGUGGCAAGUGGUGAAUAAGUGGUGAGUAAUUCCAUUUCAUUCUCCCAAUUUCCAGAGGAAAAUUAUCAAUUCUCAUUACACUGAGGAUUAAUCAUUCCUCCAAAGCCACGAUCAUGGAAAUUAUCCUAGUGUUCACCACUUUUCUACGGAAUUUUCUUAUCGCCUGUGUAUGGAAAUAUCAAAUAGAAAAUAAAGCAUUCGAUAGGAUUCAAUAGUUUUCCAUUUUUCUUUCACAAUUUCUCUACCCCCAGUUCAAAAAAAGAAGGAGAGGAGGUGUAAGAAAUUUGGACAAUUAAUUUUCCAAAAAGACGAAAUCUAUUGAUUCUUCCGGUAAAUUUCCGUAUAAAAUGCGGCAAUUUUCUAGUGAAUUUUUCCAUACACGUUCGCUGAUAGUCGAACACCUUCACCCAAUGAGAGUCCUCUGAGAAUUAGCAAUCCCUCGCCCUUUGUAGCUCAAUGAUGAAUAAAUCAAUGAACAAGAUAAAUCGACGAUUGAAUGAACAUAACUGUAAUAAUAGAAGUAAUUAUGCCAACUGAUACGAAUUAAUAAUCACCUUUACCGAACUUUCUAAUUACUUUACCCGAAAAAUUACCCUCGCGGUGGCAUGUCGUUUCACCCUAAAUGAUAGUUAACAAUAUUUUAUUGAAAUAAUUGAUGAUGACGCUCUCCUUUAAUCCCGUGAACAUUUUAGCCAGAAUAUAAAUACGUAUAUGAAGGGUAUUUCCAUAUUCAUCAUUGAUCCCGAUCCUUUAACUCUCCCGUUUUACCACCACGUCCCCUCAAAAUUAAUAACUUCAAAGUGUAAAAUUAAUUAAACAAGGAAAUUCAAAGCUUCGCUUUAUACUUUAAACCGAUAAUAAGACGACGUGAGAAUGGAUAAAUCUACCUUUAGGUUAUGACUUAUAAAUGAUUAAAUAUGGAUAAAUAUUAUGAAUGUUAACGUUGUAUGUAAUUAUAUCUGGAGCUAUGUAAUAGAGAUUAAAUGUAG